AUGAAUAUGAUUCUAUCUUUUAGAAUGUAUGAUUCCACCCUCUCUCAGAAGUGCUAUCCAAAGCUCCUAUUUAGUAACUAUAACUUCUCUGGCAAGAUAAUCUGUAGUGGUGUUCAAGUACGUACUGUAUCCCCUUCCUCUUUAUUUAAAAUGAGAAAACUGUAUUCUCUGAUGAUGACUACUAGGGAAAGUAAUAAUAGGAAUCAGAGUAUGAAGACUAUUAGUGAAAGUAAUAGUCGGAAUCAGAGUAUGUUGAAAGAACAUGGAGAAGUAUGUAUCAAACCUAAUCAAUCAUCUUCUUUCAGAAGUUCGUCUAUCUCUAGUGAAAAGUAUGGAUCUGUAGCUGACGCAACUCCACUUCUAAGGAGUGGUUUGACUAACACAAGUGCUAUAGGUGGUGUAGUCUCAUCAAGUGGAAGGAAAGAGGCUUUAGGAAAGAUUGUGCAAGAUAGCAGUAAUGUGAUCGAUUUAUCUAUAGGUGAAAGAUUAUUAUUAAACGAUGAAAGUAGGAUGAGAAUGAAAUUCUCAUCAUUCUCAACAUCUGGAUUGAAAAGUUUGGAUCCUUCUAUGUCAAUGACAUUAAAUAUUUUACAUAGAAAAGGCAUAAAAGUUCCCCAGAUUCUCUCUGAUGUAGUAUUAUCAAACCCAAUCUUUCUGUCUGACAUCUCUUUAUUUGUUUUAAUAUUUAUUGGUAUCAUGUUUAAUGAUCACAUAUAUCUCAUUCAUAUGAGUAGUAAUCCUCUCGCAUUAUUUUGUAAGGUGUAUCCUGCUUUUACAGAUAAUCUACGGGAUAUUUAUGUCAAUAACUUAUGUCGUAUAGACAAAAAACCUAUUCCAUGUGAAUGCGGUGAUAUAUUCAAUAAUAUUGUCAAGGAACAAGUACCCGAAAACAUCUACGACCCACUGGAUUUAAAUGAGCUUUCUCCUCCUAAGAAGGUUAAAAAUCUGAUCUGUGCCCUGGGUGGUAUUAUUCUUCUCAUGUUCUUUCUGGAGAAGACUGGAGGCACUGAAAUUCUUAAGGAUGCUACUUUUUUUCAGUGGUAUCAAGGUUUUCAAGUGAAUCAUAUGACUUUAUACAAGUCCAAGUAA